GUUUUCCCGGUGCAGCUAAGAACCAGAGAGAGAUAGAGAGAUGCGGAGGAUCAAUUCACUGUACGGAAGAAUUGGUCUGCUUAGAAGAGCACCUGAGAAAUCUACGAAGCAAUCUCAUACAUUGCUCGCCUCUCUCUCCUUCUCUACGGAAGGUAGUUAUGGCGGUGACGGUGAGCUUCAGCAGAACAGCUCCAAAGUCAAGAUCUUUGAUCGAGAUCUCAAGCGAAUACAUCGUGAUCGAGCGGCGUGGCUUUCUCGCCAAAAAAACGAUUCCUUUGUCGACGCUGUUGCAGAGAAUCUACUUGACCGCUUAGAGGAUUGUAAGAAGAGUUUUCCCACUGCAUUUUGUUUGGGAGGAUCUCUUGGUGCUGUUAAGCGAUUGCUACGUGGUCGCGGUGGGAUUGAGAAGCUUAUCAUGAUGGAUACAUCAUAUGACAUGAUUAAAUCAUGUAGAGAUGCUCAAGAGGAUUCACUCGAUAACUCCAUUGAAACAUCUUAUUUGGUUGGUGAUGAAGAGUUUCUGCCAAUCAAAGAGAGUUCGGUUGAUUUGAUCAUAAGUUCGUUAGGGCUUCAUUGGACAAAUGAUCUUCCUGGAUCCAUGAUACAGUGCAAACUAGCGCUGAAGCCUGAUGGCCUAUUUUUAGCAGCAAUUCUUGGUGGAGAAACCUUAAAGGAGUUGAGAAUAGCAUGCACCUUGGCUCACAUGGAGCGGGAAGGAGGCAUUAGUCCCCGGUUAUCGCCUUUGGCACAGGUCAGGGACGCAGGGAAUCUCUUAACCAGGGCGGGUUUUAGUCUUCCUGGUGUUGACGUUGAUGAAUAUGUAGUUAAAUACAAGAGUGCGAUGGAUCUUAUAGAGCAUCUUCGUGCAAUGGGUGAAACCAAUGCUCUUCUCGAGAGAAACAAGGCUGCCAUAUAUGACUCCAUGUUUGCCACAGAGGACGGCACUAUACCUGCUACUUUUCAGGUGAUUUACAUGACAGGAUGGAGAGAACAUUCGUCUCACCCGCAGGCCAAACGAAGAGGUUCAGCCACCGUAUCCUUCACGGAUCUCCAGAAGCAAUUUGGCGGUCAAUCCUGAUCGAAUGAUUAAAGAGGAGACACAUUCAAUAAACAGAGACUUAACAAAUGAGACUCGAGAGAAAUCAGUGACUUAGCUAUAAGGUACUGUGAGGAGCUCAUUCACUGGCGAAAGCAUGGCAAUUAUGACGCAUGCUUUCGCCCAUGUAUUUCGUUUGGAGUAAUAAUGUAAUAGCUGAUCAAAUACAUGUUUGUAUUUUAC